CCGGGAGGUGGAUCUGCCUCCUGCCGCUGGGGACUGGCGGUGCCGCGGAGGGGUGAGAUGGGGCUCGGGCCUUUCUCUGGGCCUUUCCUUGCCCCCUUUUCCUCCCUCCGGCCGCGGCAGGGGAGCCGCUAGGUCUGUGAAAAACCUAGAUUUCCAAAAUGAAUAAAGAUGCCCAGAUGAGAGCAACCAUUAACCAAAAGCUAAUAGAAACAGGAGAGCGAGAACGCCUUAAAGAGUUGCUGAGAGCCAAAUUAAUUGAAUGCGGCUGGAAGGAUCAGUUGAAGGCACACUGCAAAGAUGUCAUUAAAGAAAAAGGAUUAGAGCAUGUUACUGUUGAUGAUUUGGUGGCAGAAAUCACUCCCAAAGGCAGAGCUUUGGUACCAGACAGUGUAAAGAAAGAACUCUUGCAAAGAAUAAGAACCUUCCUUGCCCAGCAUGCCAGUCUUUAACUUUGCCAUUCACCUGGGAUACAGUGUUUGUUUCUGUAUUAUGUCAAUCAUGUUGGGAUUGGAAUGCAGUUUCCACACUUAAGAAUGGAAAAUCAUUAUUUUUGUUUUUGUACGAUGAGUUGAAGUUUCUUUGCACAGCAUUGAUUUCUUAAACUUGGUGUUAUUUUAAUAAAAAAUUUUGUGGA